AUGAAAAAAGACGCAUGGAAAAAACUUUCUCAAAUCCAAAAAGAAAAAUGGCUAUGUCCGUCCUGCUCCAGUGCCCUUCCUAAAAGUGAUAACUCUGCCUCCCCCGCCCGCCCGGCCAUUGCUAGUUGCGGCGAACAAGGUGCUGCUGACGCAGAAAAUGUUAACAUUACCCGGGGCAGUAGAACAAAGACGACAACAAUCCCGUGCACUGACAGUGUAGUGAACCUAUCAGACAUACUACGCGAGUUAACCAAACUGAGAGAGGAGGUCGGUGAAAUUAAGGUCCUACGUAAGGAAUUUGUAAAUCUACGCACCCAGGUCCUAUCAAUCUCCACUACACUGAAUGAGACAUUGACGGACUACAGGAAAAAACUGGAAGACGCCGAACGCGAGAUCUCCACUCUUAAAUGCACCUUGCUGCAGUCACAGAGGGACCAAGAAAGGCAGGAACAGAAUGCUAUCUGUGACGAGCUCGAGGUGGCCGGCAUCCCAGAAGAGAACAACGAAGACCUACUCAAGACCAUCAUCAUCACAUCUAACAAACUAGGAGUGGACCUAAAGGAGACUGACGUGAGCUAUGUGACCCGAGCUGGACCAAGACCCUCCAAAGCGAGUCAGGGGACAAAACCGCGUCCUAUACUGGUGAAAUUAGUGCGACGUAUUAAGAGAGAUGAAAUCAUCAAGGCCAGUAAACUACAAAAGAAGCUCACCACGGAGGGAGUCUCCCCCGGACCACACAAAGCCAUAUAUAUCAACGAGCGCCUCACGUUCAAGAACAGGAUGUUGUUUCGUGACGCAAGACUGCGCUCAAGGACACAGAACUUUCGAUUCUGCUGGGUUCGACAUGGCUCCAUUUACGUUCGAGAAAAUGAGAACAAACCGGCGAUCCGCAUUCAGUGCCAUGAAGACCUCGACUGCAAGAUUGGGCCCGCCGGCAGCUCUCAUCCUUGA